UAAUGCAAGUGAGCGACCAACAUACACAACAACUUUUGAUGACAGCCACUUUGAAAAAUGGAUAAUUAGAGUUUUAUACAUCUGAUUAAUAUGAUGAAUAUAUGAUUCCUCCAAAUUAAACAAUAGCUGAACAACAUUAAGUAUUUUUUAAUUCAUUUUUAGUUAGCUUGUAAAGUUGGUAUUCCUAAGCCUUAUAAGGAAGGAGAGACAGUUAAUAUUUGUCCUUGUUGCAAAUAACAAAUAGUAAUGUUUUACCUUUGAAUAUUUAUAGGAAAAAACACAAAUUGAUUUUCAAAGAGAUGAGAUGGCCUUUUCUUUUCUUGGAUCAGGUUAUCCACUAUACUUUAAUUUCAUAAAAUGUUGUCUUAUGAUUGUUGGAGUAUUGUUCUUAACAUCAGGAUAAUAUUAACUUGUCUCUAAUUUAACAAGCAAUGAUUGUGAAGAUUUAGUUGUUUAAGUGCAACAUAGAUAUAAAGAAGUUUAAAAAGAAGAUUCUUGGAGUGAAUAAGUACAUAAUUAUUGUUUAAAUGAUUGGAUUGCACGAUCAUCAUUAGCAAAUAAAAGAUUUUAAUCAAUUUUGACUGAGUUACCUCAUUAUUUUAAUUUUUCCAGUGUCAUAUUCAUUUUAAUUAUCAUUUUCUUUUUUAGGAAAUCUCAAUUAAUCAUAGACAAUGACUGUGAUAUUAAAGAAAAUACACCAUCUGAUUAUACUUUAAUUGUUAAAGAUAUUCCUAAGGAUUGCAAAUAAUAAUAAUUAAAAGAAUUUUUUGAAAAUAAAUUUAAUGUAGAAGUAAUGGAAGUAGAUUAUAUAUUCUUUGCUAAUACUCUUAAAGAAUUAGAAUAAUAAUUGGAAGUUAUAGUAAAAUAAUAGAAAAUUGCUUUAGAGAAUAAUGACAAUGAUCAAUUAAUAAAUUUAAAUGAAUAAAAAAAGCUAAAAUAAAACUAAAUCACUACUGAAGCAUUAAGAAUAUAAUAAGACUUUGAAUUAUUCUCUGGAACAGCUUUUUUAUCUUUGAAAUAUGAAGAUCACAAAUAAGCUAUUUUAAAAUCUUCAAAUUAUAGAACACAAUAAGUUAUUUCUAAUAUAUUUUUUGGAUGUAUAAUUUAAGAGGCUAAGAGUUUAGAGAUUAAUAAUUAAUUUAUAAAAGUUGAUUAAGCUCCUGAACCUGGAGAUGUUAUUUGGGAUAAUAUUGUUCAUAAUGAUAAUAGAAGAUUUUGGGUUAGAUUACUUGGUUUUACAUUCUCUUAAAUUGUAAUUGCUUUGUUCUUAAUUACAUUAUUAGAAUUGGCUAAAAUUUAAGCAUAAGAUGCUUCAAAUGUUCCAGCUACAUUGGUUGAUGUAUAAACUGAUUAAGGAAUUGUUUAGGUUUCUUUACCUUCAUAAUAAAAAUCUAAGAAUAUGGGUUCAAUAAUUGCAGCAUUAUUAACUACUUUUAUAAAUUCUUUUGUUGUUGGACGUCUUUCUAAUUUUUUAGUGGGUUUUGAAAGUUAUGAAACUUAUUCACUUUAUACUGUAUCAUUAGCUUCAAAAUUAUCAUUAAUGUUAUUUGUUAAUUCAGCUAUUAUUGCAUUUUUAGCAAGCACAAUAUAUACUCGUAAUUUAUUUGGACCAGGAGGUCUCAUUUAUACAGAAACCUAUUUUUUUAUAACUAAUGCUAUAAUUCCUCCUUUAGUUACAUUUAUUGAUCCAAAUAGAAUUACAAAAUCAUUAAAAUUAUGGUGGAUUAAGAAAUUUAACAAAGCUGUCACUCAAAAAGAAUUAAAUGAAUUAAAUGAACACACUGAGCAUAUGAUUGAAUUGAAAUAUGCUGAUAUUAUGAAAACUUUAUUUAUUACAUUUUUCUAUACUCCAUUGACUCCUGCUGGAUAUAUAACUAGUUUUAUAGGUUUGGCAUUAUAUUAUGUUGCAGAAAAGGUAUAAAAUAAAUUAAUUAAAUUUAGUAUGUAAUAUGUUAUAGAAUGUCUGUAAAACAUACUCCAUCUGUUUAAUUAUCAAUAUUGAUGACAGAAAUGAUGGAAUAUCUACCUAUUAUCUAUGCAGCAGGAUAUUUAAUUUUUAAUUAUUAAAUAACUGGAAGUACAAGCUAUUGGGCUAUUGCUUCAAUUUUGGUUUCAUUUUUAAGUUCUGUUUUGCCUAUGUAGUAUUUUGUUGAAAGUUGUUUUAAAUAAGAAGAGCAGGAUGAAACUACAUCUUAUAAUGAAGCAAAAGUUAAUUUUUCAACAACAUAUUCUUUAUAAAAUCCAGUGAACAAAUAUAAUAAAUAAGAAUAAAUUAUUUAAGGCUAACUUAAGUCCAAAAGCCAAUCAUAAUUAUGAAU